AUGGCCGUGUGUGAUAAUAAUUACAAGUUUACACUCGUAGAUAUCGGAGCCUACGGUAGCCAUAAUGAUGCCGGAGUGUUUUCUCGAUCGGAAUUUGGGAAAGCGCUGCGAGAUCAAACCCUCGAAUUACCAGAACGGGUUGCAAAAUUACCUGGAAGUGAAGUUGCAACGCCUUGUUUUUUUGUUGGCGAUGACGCUUUUCGAUUAACUAAAAAUCUGGUGAAACCAUACGCUGAUCGUAAUUUAACUCAUGUUCAGAAAAUUUUCAAUUAUCGAUUAUCUCGAGCCAGAAGAACAAUAGAAAAUGCAUUUGGAAUGCUGGCUUCCCGGUGGAGAGUAUUUCGAAAACCCAUUUGCAUGAAUCCUGCGACUGUGGAUAAGAUUGUUAUGGCGUGCGUUUGCCUUCAUAAUUUCUUAAAAACUACGAAUGAUGCAUUGUCACCACAUGAUCCUUCAUAUUGCCCACCUGAUUUUGUGGAUUCUGAAUCGGAAAACGGCCAACUAGUGCCUGGAGAAUGCCGAACUGAACUUCGUGAAGGUUUUGAAGGUCUUGCAGCUUCGAGUGCUCAUCGCGCUACAAGAGAUGCAUACAAUCAGAGAGACGUAUUAGCUAAUUACUUUUUGACACCUGAAGGUGAAAUUCCCUGGCAGCAUGCAUACAUACGUAGAGGAUUCCACUCUGAUGAUACCCCAGAUAAUUGA